AUGACUGUAAUCAACCAAAAGAAAGAGCCUUAUUUUGGCUUAACAGGAGGAUGGCUCACGUUCUGGGUUACAGUUGCUUGCGCGACAGACAUGUCCUUAUUUGGCUACGACCAGGGAGUUUUCAGCGGCGUGGUGAUCACCAAGGACUUUCUCGAGGUUCAUGAUCUGGUUGGGCCUACAAAAACCAAAACCCUUUCCACCGUGACGGCUAUUUACGAUAUCGGCUGCUUCAUCGGUGCCAUCGUUGCUUUUACAGUUGGAGAAUCAUUGGGGCGGAAAGCCUCCAUUAUGGUUGGAACAACCAUCAUGGCUGUGGGCACUAUCCUCCAGGCAAGCUCGUUCAGCUUGGCACAGAUGUUUGUUGGACGAAUCGUGCUGGGAGUCGGUAAUGGUAUCAACACAGCCACCGCGCCUAUAUGGCAGACAGAGACAUCACAGUUGAAAUGGCGUGGCAAACUUGUUGUCUUUGAGAUGAUGAUGAAUAUCGCGGGCUUCUGCCUAGUUAACUGGAUCAACUAUGGUUUCUCCUUUGUCGGUGGCCCCAUUGCCUGGCGCUUUCCGCUCGCCUUCCAAUUCAUGUUUCUAUUCGUCCUCUGGUUCACCACUCCUUGGCUUCCAGAGUCCCCAAGGUGGCUUCUUGCUCAUGGUAGAGAAGAAGAAGCUAUAAAGGUUCUCAGUUGCCUGGAAGCGAAGCCGGUUGAUGACCCCUUUAUCAUUACGCAGUGCAAUGAGAUCAACUUCAGCGUCCGCUACGAGCGUGAAAAUGGCGUACGAUGGGGGGAUAUCCUGCGAAAGAAAGCGAACGACACAAAAACUUUGCGAAGACUUGUUCUUGGUGCUGGCAGUCAGUUCAUGCAACAAUUUGGGGGAAUUAAUAUUAUGUCCUAUUAUCUGCCUACAGUGCUUAUCAAUUCUGUCGGUCUUUCUGAUGAGCUCUCUCGUCUGCUCUCAGCGUGCAACGCCGUGUCAUAUUUAGUAUUCUCUGGUAUUGCAGUGUUGCUAAUCGAGAGAGUAGGCCGUCGUGGCUUGAUGAUGAUUUCAACAUUCGGCCAAUUCAUUUGCUUCCUAGUGAUCAGCGUUUUGCUCCGCUACUCGGACGCGAGUGGCCAAGGGAAUAAUUAUGCAUCGGCAUCGGUCGCAUUUUUCUUCCUCUAUUAUGGUGCAUUUGGUAUUGGAAUGCUUGGUAUCCCAUGGUUGUAUCCAACUGAGAUCAAUUCUUUGCCAAUGAGAACGAAGGGAGCAGCUGUUGCAACAGCUAUGGACUGGAUCACGAAUUUUGUCGUCGUCGAGAUUACCCCCAUUGGGAUCCAGAAUCUUGGUUGGAAAUUUUGGCUUGUUUGGACUGCAACCAAUGCUGCCUUCUUGCCAAUUCUAUACUUCUUCUAUCCUGAGACAGGUGAAGCCAAUCGGAGUCUGGAAGAUAUGGACGCAUACUAUAGAUCCAAUCCUCCUUUAAUCGUCACCACGGAUCCGGACGCUGUUUCCAGAAAGCGCCCCCGCAGAUACAUUGAGCAUGAAACUCUCGUAAUUGAGAAGACAGCUGCAGGCUUGGAUUGCACGUCAGGCGUUAAAGAGAAUCAUAAUCAUGUUGAGCGAGUUGAUGAAGAGGCAGGCAAGAACUGA